CAAAGUUUGUGGCCUGGAGGCAAAGAAUCGAAUGGAUGACAAUCGGACCUCAAGCGACUAGACGCCGGAAUCUCGUAGCUGGCUUGGGUUGCAUAAAAAUUCAAAAAUUCGUCCUGAUUCCGGCCGCAACUAACAUCCAACAAUGAGCGGAGCAUGUAAGGACGGCGAUUUGUGGAAGAUGGAAGAGGAAUAUCUUGACAACGAGGAUGGCGAUUCGUUAACAGAGAUAGAGUACGUAGAAGAGUACAUCGAAUUUGAAGACGAGCAGAACCCGAUUACCGAGGAAAAGUACGAGCUGCUAAGCCUGGAACCCUAUGAUCUUGCUCUGGAAAACUCGGUAUGGACGAGCGAGCGUAUGCCGUACGAUCAGGGCGACUCUAGUACCGCCGGACGCAAGAUAGCUCAAUCACGAUCGGGCCCGUUGGGGUUGGGCAAGCAGGCCAAAACCCCGACCGAAUGUCUUGCCCUGUUUCUCGAUGCGGACGUUAUCGCAACAAUCACCGAGUACACCAAUGAGCGUAUCAAGGUGGAACAGGCUAACUACACGCGCGACCGCGAUGCUAAUCCGACGGAUGAAACAGAACUCAAGGCUUUGUUCGGCAUUCUGUUUCUUGCCGGGAGCAUGGGGUCUGGCAGACAGACCGUCGAUUAUCUGUUUGACGGUAAACGUGGUACGGGCAUGGAAGCCGUCUAUCUUGCGAUGACGGUACACCGGUUCCACUUUUUGCUUCGGUGCCUACAGUUCGAUGAUCCUGCUACUUCCGCCGAAGAAACCGAAGCGGACAAACUUGCACCAGUGCGAGCGAUCUAUGAGCGGGUGGUGAACAAUUUUCAAAAAUAUUUCCGCCCCGGCAACCACCUAACGAUGGAUGCCUUGUACGUGUCGUUCAAAGGGAAUUGCGACUUCCGACAAAACAUCUCGUUGUCUGCGAUUAAGACCGGAUUCCGGUUCUAUGCCCUAGUGGACUGUUCCGUUCCGUACACGUGCAAUCUAGAAGUCUACGUACCGGACAACCAUAAUCCUCACAAUCUGAGCGACGCCCCAGAAGAUGUGGCCAUGCGGAUGACGGAGCCGAUCCAGGGCAAGCACAAGACGGUCACAUUGGGUAAGAGUUUUGUCUCGCUGGUGACACUCAAAAAGCUGUACCUCAAUCGAACGAUGGCCAUUGGAGAAAUCCCAAAGUCGUACCCGGAUAUUCCGAAAGCGUUCGGUACAUCCAAGGGGCGCAUCGAAGGCAGCACGUUACUUGCGUAUCACGAAAUGAUUACACUCAUGUCCCAUUUGCCAAAGCGUCAAGAUCCACUCAUCCUCAUCUCCACCUGUGUCGGAGAGGAAGAGGAGGGCGAACCGAUCGGGGAAAUGGACGAGGAAACCGAGUCCCAGGCAGAAUUGCGAAACCAGCAGCUGCUGAAAGCCGGUGCACCGCGGCUGGCAAAUCGGUACAAUGAAACGAAAAAUGCAGUCAGAAUCAUACAGCAGAUGUGCAUGAUGUACGAUACCACGCGAAACACCCGCCGCUGGCAGUUGACGAUCUUCUUUACCCUCAUGAACCUGAGCGCUAUCAAUGCGUGGUGUCUGCACCGGAUAAACAAUGCCGAUACCACCGUGAAUCGGAGGGAGUUUCUAGUAGAUAUGGCCCUGGAACUGAUACGCCCGCUAACUCGGCGAAGGCUGGACAGUAAAACAUUGCCACGCAAUCUGAGAACACGGAUUGGAAUGUUUCUGGGUUUAUCGCGUGAGGAGUACGAGGAAGUCCCGGCUCUUCCGAUAUUUAGGAAAGGAGCUCGCGGGCGGUGCUACCUGUGCGGACGAACUCGCAACAAGACGACCCGCAUAUCGUGUGAUUCCUGCGGCAAAUUCACUUGCAAUACGCACUGUGCGUACAUAUGCCACACUUGCUGUACGGUUUCACCUGAUCAAGCAUAAUUCAUGUACAUUCCUGAGCCUCGAUACUUCGAUUAAAUACCUUCGGCCUA